AUGUCCAACCAGAUUCGCACCAUUUGCCCUUCUACCCAUGAGGUCAUUUUUGACCAGCCGGGCACGUCGGUGGAGGAGGCCACCAAAAUCACGGCGGCGUCCAAGCUCGCAUUUCUAACGUAUCGCGGUUCGGCAUUGCAGCAGCGCAUUGAGAUCGUGAAACGAGCUCUGGACAUUAUUGAUACUCAUAUUGGAGAUCUUGCAAAAGAGCUGACUAUUCAAAUGGGUCGUCCGAUUCGGUACUGCGAGGGAGAGAUCAAAACCGCUCGUAUUCGCGCGGAGCAUAUGAUUAAGAUCGCGGCGGACAGCCUAGCUGAUUUGCCGGGUCUCAAGUACCCAUAUCUUACUACUGUGAACGCUCUGGUACCUGCAUUGCUCGCAGGAAAUACAGUGAUCUUGCGACCAUCACCACAGACCCCUUUAUUUGGCGAUAGGCUAUUCGAGAUCUUCACUGAGGCAGGAUUGCCUCAGAAUGUCCUCCAGGUCGUCCAUGUCGGAAGCUUGGAUGUUUUGGACAAGAUUGCUCAACUUCCUGAAAUUCAGUCUGUCUCCUUUACUGGAUCCACGGCUGGUGGUCUUAGACUUCGUGAAGCAACCGCCCGUCAAGUGAAGCCCAUCAACCUGGAGCUCGGUGGCAACGACGCUGCCUAUGUGCGUCCUGAUGUAGAUGUGAAAGAUGUAGCCGAGAACCUUGUGGACGGUGCCAUCUUCAACUCUGGUCAGAGCUGCUGCUCAGUUGAGCGUGUCUAUGUCCAUGAGGCGAUUUACGAAGAAUUCAUCCGCUGCACUGGUAGCUAUAAACUUGGUGAUCCUCAAGACCAAGCUACAACCACCGGCCCUGUCAUCUCAGCUGCAGCCAAGAAGAACAUUUUAUCUCACAUUGACGAUGCUCUGAGCAAGGGUGCCACCAAUGUGACACCCGAAAAUGCUACCUUCUCUCUUGAAAAAACUGCCGACAAGGGCAACUUCCUUGCUCCAGUCGUCUUGACCAACGUCAACCACAGCAUGAUCACGAUGAAAGAAGAAACAUUUGGUCCUGUUAUGCCUAUCAUGAAGGUUUCCAGCGAUGAGGAAGCUGUUGACCUGAUGAACGACAGCGACUAUGGAUUGACUGCUAGUGUGUGGACGAAAGACAUGGCAGCUGGAGAAGCUUUGAUUGAUCUCAUUGAAGCUGGAACGGUCUUUAUUAAUCGAUGCGAUUACCCCAGCCCAGUAAGAUUGGCCCUGCCUUACCUUGAAGAAUUUUUGAUACUAACAGAGCCUCAGGACCUCGCUUGGACUGGAUGGAAGAACUCUGGUUUGGGGUGCACUCUUGGUCCCCGAGGCUUUGACGGCUUUGUCAAAUUGAAGAGCUACCAUAUCAAGAAUGCCUCUACCUGA